ACCCUAUCACAGGCCAAAUCCACUGUAUGAAAAAUUGAAGUUAAAGGAGAAGACAGUCAUGUCAUUUCUGCACAAAUUAGAGAUGGAGAACAUUGACUUCUCUGAGAACUUCCAGGGGCACAAGAAGAAGAUUAACUUCUAUAGAAACCUGCACAGUCGGCUCCUGUUGCAGUCAUCUGUUGUAAAGAAGACAUUGGUCCAAGUGAAGCAGGAUUACAAGGAAGUGCAGGCUGAUUGGUACCUCCUCCAACAGUACUUGACUGAGAUGAACCUGACUGUUGAAGAUGAACAGGAGAAGACAAACAACCUCCAGAAACAGCAACAUCAGGUAGGGACAAGCAGCUUAUUCAGACUAACACUGUCUGUUAUCAUUUGCCUAUUGGAUCCAUCUUUGCAUUCAUCCACCAUCUUUUAUAUCUAUACUCUCAAACAGCCAGCCACUUCAUGGAAUGUAGAUGUUCAUUACUCUGUGUAUGCACAA